AAGUUUGCAUAAAAAUAGUCUCACAGGCUGCAGCCCAUUUAUUGAAACAUUGUGCGUGCUUGUUGUCUGAUCUGGCUAAGACGUGCUGAGAACAAUUCUCCAUUUUGUUUAGUAGAAGUUCAACAGUAAUACUUCCUACGAUAAAUAAAAUGAAAUGAGCUACUUUUGUUAUUCAUACAAAUUAAUUUCUAAUAUUAGUAUGGUGCUAUCCGUGUUCAGAAUGGUUUUCACAAAAAGCAUCUUUGGAGGUAAAUCUACAGAAUGAGAAUGCAAUAUUCAUGAAGACUCAGCAGAAAGUAGGUUGGUGAAGAAUGGAAGAGAACCAAAUGCAGAAGGUAUUAAUGAACCAAGGAAAAGGGAACAGUGAGAAAAUCUGCUGUGAUGGAGAAGAGAACAACUCAUCAGACAGGAAGAUAUACCUAGAUUACAAUGCAACCACCCCUCUGGCACCAGACGUGAUUCAGACAGUUAUAGAAGCCAUGCAUGACACAUGGGGUAAUCCAAGCAGCUCUUACACAGAAGGUCAAAGGGCUAAAAGGAUUAUAGACAAAGCCCGUAAAAGUCUGGCUAGAAUGGUAGGAGGACAAUUCCAGGACAUCAUCUUCACUUCUGGAGGAACAGAGGCAAACAACUUGGUGAUCCACACUGCAGUGAAGCAUUUUAAGGAAAGCAACCAGCAAAGAUCUGAUAGACCAGGAGAAGAUCAACUGAAGACUCUGUGGACACGUCCACAUUUAAUUACAUCUUGCAUUGAACAUGACUCAGUCCGUCUCCCUGUGGAGCACCUCGUGAAAGAACAUGAGGCUGAAGCCACUUUUGUCCCAGUGUCCAAAGUGACUGGACAAGUGGAAGUGGAUGACAUUGUUGCAGCAAUCCGUCCAGCUACCUGUCUGGUUUCCAUUAUGCUGGCCAAUAAUGAGACAGGGGUCAUCAUGCCCAUCUCAGAACUCAGUCAACAGAUUCAAGCUCUAAAUCAGAAGAGAAUAGCAUCUGGUCUGCCACAGAUCUUGGUACACACAGAUGCAGCACAGAUGAUUGGGAAGGGCCGAGUGGAUGUGCAGGAUCUGGGAGUGGACUACCUCACUAUUGUGGGGCACAAGUUUUAUGCCCCACGUAUUGGAGCGCUGUAUGUGCGAGGGCCUGGUGUCACCACUCCUCUCUAUCCCUUGCUGUUUGGAGGUGGGCAGGAACAGAACUUCCGUCCUGGGACUGAGAAUACUCCAAUGAUUGCUGGCCUUGGCAAGGCAGCAGAGCUGGUGAACAGGCACUGUGAGAUUUAUGAAGCUCAUAUGCAGAAGAUCCGGGAUCACCUGGAAGAGAGUCUUGAAGCUGCGUUUGGAGAACAAGGAGUCCAUUUUAAUUGUCGACUGAAAGGCUCUAGGAGACUGUGCAAUACCUGUAAUUUUUCUGUUUUGGGCUCAGGAUUGAAAGGUCAUCUGGUGCUGUCUCACUGUAGGAUUUUGCUUGCCAGUGUUGGUGCUGCAUGCCACUCUGAGAAGGGUGACCAGCCAUCCUCUAUCUUGCUUAGCUGCGGAAUUCCUUACAAUGUGGCGCAGAAUGCCUUACGUCUCAGCGUGGGGCGUGAUACUAGCAAGGAAGAUGUGGACCUGAUUGUGGAAGAUCUGAAGCAGGCUGUGGCUCAGCUACAAUAGGCCAGAUUCUCACAGUCACCCAAUGAGGGGUUUUGCACACCAGAAUCAGGAGCUUAUCCAGCCCUGAGUUUCUAUUGCUCUAGUUGCUACUCAUGACACACCAGAAACAAUUUUCCACAAGCAUUUUGUGCAUUGGAAGCUAUUAGCUCUAGUCCCACAAGAAGAGGAUAGACUCUACACAACCCAGGGAGACAGGAAUCAUCACAUUUCCUUGGACAGACUGUCCUCAAAUGGAAGGGUAUUAUCUUUUCCCUGUCAAAAGAGUUCAGGGAAGUUCUGAAAAAUAGGAAUGUUGCCUAGCACCCUGUUUCACAGUAGGUGAUCCCUAAUGCUUCAGAGGAUUUAUCACAUCAGUAGGAACAAAUGUUUUAAUUUUUAACUAGUCAACUUCUUUUCUUGUGUUCCUGGGACCUAGACUGAUUCCUGGCACCUAGACUGAGGCAGAUCUGCAUCAGCUCCCUUAGCUUCUGUGGAGAAUGACUCACUGACACUAAUUGAUGGGAAAGGACUGAUUAAAGGAAUCUUGCUGAAAUGAGGAGGAUUGCCAGGCAUAUUGGGGAGAUGUGAGCUCCCCCAAGAGAGGAGAUAAUGUCAGUCUAGAAAUUUUUAUAUACUUUAUGUAUGUAUUUCUUGAAAGCUUUUGAGUUUCAGAACCAUGGUGGAAGGGUUUCAAAGACGACAAUUAAGUAGGACCCGGGAUAGGCUCACGUCUAUUUCAACUUCUUUUGCUACAGCCAGUCCAGUUAAUGUUUCUAACAGGAAUGAGGUGAAGAGAUCAUGACUGGUUUCCUGGUUCUGUUGCUGUUUUAAUGGGAAAUAAUCCAUCACAAGCCAUUUGCCAACUUUUCAACAUGUUAAUCUUGUUUGUUUGUUUGUAGCCUGCGCUUUUCUGUAGGGCCGAGGUGGGUAAUAUUGUAAAAGCAGAUAUACACUUACAAUCUAAAAUACUUGAAAAUGUGCUAAAUUAAAAAUAAGCCUGUAUCAGUGCCAACCUGAAUUUAAAAAAGUUUUGCUAUGA